AUGGAGGCUGCUGAGCCUCCCUCGUUGGAGGAACGCCGUCGGCUGCAGGAAGAUCUCAGUGAGUUCGUGGAGAGUUGCUGCCGGACGCUGGAGGAGGUAACGGCGUCCCUGGGAUGGAGCCUGGAUCAGCUGGACCCCGGAGAGGAGGCGGUGGCUGAGGAUGAAGUUGCCAUAUGCCCUUAUGAUUCCAAUCAUCACAUGCCUAAGUCAUCACUCGCAAAGCACUUGGAGUCUUGCAGAUUGAGGAAACUGGGCUAUGACAAAAAGGAAGAGGAUGAAAUGUACAAUCCUACUUUUUUCUAUGAGAAUUUGAAGAUUCCUUCAGUUACUUUGAAUAAGGACUCACAGUUCCAGAUAAUUAAACAGGCUAGAACUGCAGCUGGGAAAGACGGCGAUUGUUAUAGUCAAAGAAUGUAUUCUUCAGUGCCUGUUGAAGUUCCUCUGAAUCACAAACGGUCUGUCUGUGACCUUACCCAAGCAGAUCGCCUUGCACUUUAUGAUUUUGUCAUUGAGGAGACAAAGAAAACACGUUCUGGUUCUCAGGUCAUUGAAAAUGACAGCGAUCUGUUUGUAGACUUGGCUGCUAAAGUCAACCAAGAUAAUAGCCGAAAAAGUCCAAAAUCUUACCUGGAAAUCCUGGCAGAAGUGAGAGAUUAUAAAAGAAGACGCCAAUCCUAUAGAGCUAAGAAUGUUCAUAUAACUAAAAAAUCAUAUACUGAGGUAAUUCGGGAUGUGAUAAAGGUGCACAUGGAAGAACUCAGUAACCACUGGCAAGAAGAACAGGGAAGAGCAGAAGAUGGUGUGGAAAAGAACGAGGAAAGGCGGUCAGCUUCGGUAGACUCACGGCAGUCUGGUGGAAGUUACUUGGAUGCUGACAGUUCACGACAUAGAAGGGGCCGGAGUAGGAGCCCACACAAACGAAAGAGGAACAAGGAUAGAAGCUCUGAGUCAAGAAGCAGGAGAGAGAGGGAUGGAGAAAGACAUCAUAGUCAUAAAAGAAGAAAACAAAAAAUAUAAACAGAGUGUAAAUGUAUUAAUUAUGCUUAUGGAGUAAAUAUACUAAUGUGAUAAUUAUAAUCUUUGCAUAGAAGAAAGUGGCUGUUAUGAUCGUGUAAUGCUCAUUAUUUUAAUAAAUAAAUGCUUCCAACUAUGAAUCAAAAU